UUUACUGCCUGUACCUUUAUUGCAUGCAGUCGGUAUUUAAAUAAUUCAAUUAGAAUGUAGCUAAAUUCAUUUAGCAGACUGAUAGAACGGGUCUCGUAACUGCAACUGCAAUAUGUCACGAAAACACUUAAAUUCAUCAAUUCCAGCAAACCUCCGAAACUAACUGCACAUAGCAACGCCUUCUUAACGCUUAGGAGUGUUUUGCGUGCUUUAUUUUGCCUUUGUCGGAUUCAUAAUGGUCUUAGUUCACGAGUCGCGAUUAGCAGGAACAAUGCAAUUCAUCCAGUACGUCAAUGCAUUGCGGUAAGAUUACGAACUCAUUGCGCAACAUAUGAAGCGUGUUUCCCAUCUCAACCUAACACAUACCAGGGGAAGGACCAACUGGACCGGAGGAGCCUUGUUAUUCCCGUGACGACAUGGAAUAUUGAUUGGGAAACUGGUACCGCUCGAGCGGUAUGUUGGACUGGACGGGCGCUGACCCGGUGCUCGUGCACUGGCUCUGACGUCACCAUGACCGCGCCGAUCGCUGAUUGGUCAGCGGCGGCGCAGACUGCGGGCCAUGCAUUGAUAAAUAGCGCCCGCGGCGGGUCACCACGACCGCUCGGCGUGCUCGGGGUGCAGUGUGCUGGGAACGCUAUCGACCGGGUGACCCAAGGGCCGCGUGCCGAUCCGGCUACUUUUGUCUGCCACUCGACGGCCGGCAGUGAUCGGAGCCGUGUCUCUGGUGCGACCUGGUGAUCCGCUCGUGGUAUUAGGACACCUGAGGUGUGAAGAUUCGCAUUGUCUCUUCGUGUGAGUUAGGUAACAAGGCACCAUGCCUCGUCAUGCGGUGUACCCGUCUGAGGCGCGCCUGGAAGGAACCACGGCCGUCAUCACGGGCGCCAACACGGGCGUCGGGAAGGAGACGGCUCGCCACCUGUACCGGCGCGGUGCCAGGGUCAUCAUCGGCGUGCGCAGCGUCGAGCGCGGCGAGGAGGCGCGCUCCGAGAUCGUCGAGUCGACGGCCGGCGAGCAGGAGGCCGCCGGAGCGCUGAUCGUCCUUCAGCUGGACCUGGCCUCGCUGCAGUCGGUGCGAGACUUCGCGCAAGAGGUGCUUGCGCAGGCCGAUAAGAUCAACCUGCUCAUCAACAACGCCGGUGUGAUGGCGUGCCCUCGAGCCGAGACGAAGGAAGGCUUUGAGAUGCAGCUGGGCGUCAACCACCUGGGCCACUUUCUGUUGACACUGCUCCUGCUGGAGCGUCUGGUGAGCUCGGCGCCGUCACGCAUCGUCAACCUCUCAUCACAGGCGCACACGCGUGGCAAGAUGCACUUCGACGACCUAAUGCUGAAGCGCGGGUAUGGCGAUUGGAAGGCCUACUACCAGAGCAAGCUGGCCAACGUGCUCUUCACGCGCGAGCUGGCGCGGCGCCUGCUGGGCACCCGAGUGACCACGUACGCCGUUCACCCGGGCAUCGUCCGCACAGACCUGUGGCGCCACCAGGGCUGCUUCGACCGGCUGCUGCAGCCCAUGUUCAAGACGCCCGAGCAGGGCGCUCAGACGACCCUCUACUGCGCGCUGGCACCCGAGCUGGCCACUCUGAGCGGUCGCUACUACUCCGACUGCAAGGAGAAGCAGCCGUCUGCGCGCGCGCGUAACGAUGAGGAUGCGGCGCGGCUGUGGGAGAUAAGCGAGGAGCUGGUCGGCGUGGGGCUGCAGGGUAACUCCGUGACUCAGCUGCGCCAGGGGUCAGCCACGGCGCCGCAGACCGAGUCCGCACCGGCACAACAGGAGACGGAGACAGAGCCCACACCGCCACAGGAGACGAAAGCACAGCCCGCACCGCCACAGGGAGACGGACAGGCGACCACCGAACCAGCAGAAACCAACGGGCAGCAGCCAGAAUAAGGCCGAUGGUGCGGAUUUUAUGUGCUGCGAAGUCAAGAUAGCAAUAUCUCGGGUAUUUGUGUGAUGGGCGCGGAAAAAGUUAUUGCGCAACAGUGGCGAUUCGAGCUGAAGGAUAACGUUACGAGUACAUCAAGCAAUGGAGCUGAUUCCGACUUCUUUGGCUUAUACUAAUGCGUAAUCAUAUUAAUCCCAUCUCACGGAUCGUGGCAGCGGCGCUGCUGCAUGAGGGAUUGGGGCACCUAUAUGUGAACAUGGAGAAACGGCAAUGUUGAACACAUGCACAUUAUUUUUACACGUGUUAUUGCAAGAGAUAGGUAAUAUGACGAAACCCUUGGGGUCACCUAUGUAUAGGUAUUACUGAUAGUGUUGUAAACGGUAUAGCGUGAUAAGUUAGAUACCUACAUUAAAUCGUUUUGCAUCUAUGCGGAAUAGCAGAAGAUGGAGACGGAAGACCAUUCAUUUCGAUAAAGUUUCGUGAAGUUUGACACUUGCGGCUAGGCGUUAAGGACGCUAAAAGUCUUCGAUGAGCACUUUCCAUCGAUCUCAUCACUCAUGUAGGCAUGUCUCAUGUUGUGUGUCCAUCACCAUGCAUAUUUCUAUAACCUCUGUGUUUCAUGCAAUAUACAUACAUUACCACAUGCGGUUUUAAGUGAACGCCCAACGCACCGAACGGAUGACAGAUUC